AUGGCGUCGCAAUUCAACAAAGAGCGCGAGAUACCCGUGUCCUCGCAGGAGUUCCCCGGCAAGGAGCACAAGAUGCCGGAUCCGCAGGCGACGCGCGACCAGCUCCCCGCCGACGGCGAGGGCAACAAGAUGACGUACCGGGCAGCGGACAAGCUCAGGGGCAAGAGGGCCAUCAUCACGGGCGGCGACAGCGGCAUCGGCGCGGCCACGGCGGUGCUGUUUGCGCGCGAGGGCGCCGACUCGACCAUUGCCUACCUGCCCGACGAGGAGAAGGACGCCCAGGAGACGCGGCGGCAGGUCGAGGAGCUCGGCGCGCAGUGCCACCUCAUUGCCGUCGACAUGACGAGCAGAGGGAAUUGCAAAAAGGUGGUCGACUUUGCCAUGGACAAGAUGGGGGGCGUUGACAUUUUGUUCAACAACUUGGCCUACCAGAUGGUAGUCGAAGACAUUGCCGACCUGUCCGAGGACCAAUGGGUUCACACCUUCAACACAAACAUCCACUCCUUCUUCUACACGUCCAAGUACGCGCUGGCGCACAUGAAGCGCGGCGCCACCAUCAUCAACAACGCCUCCAUCAACGCCUACAUCGGCCGCCCCGACCUGCUCGACUACACGUCGACAAAGGGUGCCGUCGUCUCCUUUACCCGCGGCCUGAGCAACCAGUAUCUGUCCAAGGGCAUCCGCGUCAACGCCGUCGCGCCGGGUCCAGUCUGGACGCCGUUGAUCCCGGCCACCAUGAGUGAGAAGGCGCAAAAGGAGUUCACAAGCCCAAUGGGCAGGCCCGCCCAGCCGUCCGAGAUUGCGGCCUGCGUCGUCUUCCUCGCCUCGAGCGAUAGUUCCGAUCGCGGCGAGAUCUGGCCGACCCCGGAGAAAGAAAUACCUCCCAGGGCCGAAUGGUCUCUCCGGCAUGUCAUGAGGCUCUUGAACACGACGUCCCUUCAGCUCGCCUUGUUCCAAGAUGAUGAGGUGCCGCCCUACGCCAUCUUGUCUCAUACUUGGGCAGACAACGAGCUGUCCUUCGAGGCCCUGACCCAUGCGGCCGCGCCGGCUAAUGCCAAGGGCUGGGACAAGGUGCGGUGCAGCUGUGCCGUGGCCGCCUCCCUGCGCUUCGCCUACAUCUGGAUCGACACGUGCUGCAUCGACAAGUCUAGCAGCGCCGAGCUCUCCGAGGCCAUCAACUCCAUGUUCCGCUGGUACGAGCAGGCCGACCUCUGCAUCGCCUUCCUGACCGGCGUCGAUUCCGUCCGCCACGCUCAGGCGCCCGGCUCCGCCUUUCGCGCAUGCCGUUGGUUCACCAGGGGCUGGACGCUCCACGAGCUCAUCGCCCCGGCCCAGGUCCUCUUCUACGGCGACGACUGGACUCAGCUCGGCACCCGCCAUUCCCUCAGGGAAUUGAUCCAGGACAUGACGGGCCUGGAUGAUCUCUCAGUCGCGUACCGGAUGAGCUGGGCGGCGGGACGGACGACGACCCGACCCGAGGACGUGGCCUACUGCCUGCUCGGCUUAUUCGACAUCAACAUGCCCCUUUUGUACGGAGAGGGUCGAGCCAAGGCCUUCAAGCGGCUCCAGGACGAGAUCAUUCGAUCCGUCGACGACGAAUCGCUCUACGCCUGGCGUCUCCGAGACGGAAACGCGAGCUCGAGUCGAUUCUGUGGCCUGCUAGCCGAAAGUCCGGCUGCGUUUGGAAACUACGGGGACAUGAUGCCAAUGCGAUCGAGAUACCUCUCAAGCCGCUCCGGCCGCACCGUGGCCGUAACCAACCGCGGAUUGUGCCUCGACCUUCCCGUGACGGCCUUCCCCGGCGAUGCCUCGGGCACUGUCUUCUUGGCCUUUCUCGACUGCGACAUGCGCAGGCAAAACGCCACCUCGUUGUCUCUUGUGCCGGCCAUCCUGGUUCAGAAGAUGGCGUGGGACAAUGACUCGGAUGUUGUGAGGAUCCGUCCCGAUGUGCUGGUCCUCUGCAUGAUGAGCCACGUUGUCCUGCCGGACGAGAUAGCGGCCAUGACGGGGCCGAACACGAAACUCGGCCUCCCCCCCAGCGGCAUCCUCUUCGAUCUGCACCUGGCCGACGGCGAUGCCGCACGCCGGCCGCUCCAUCCCGCCCCCGUCAGGGUCAUCUCGCGAUCGCCCACUUGGCAGCACUUUGCGGACCACAGCAACGCAUCGAGCUCGGGCGACCUGUUCGAAAUCAACUUUGACCUUGUCACCGUGCCGAGCGUCCAAGAACUCCAGGCGCCCAAGGUCUUUGGUGUCCUGGAACUCGACCUGGGCCGGCGAGACGCCGGCGCCGAGGCGACCUGCUACUGCCUCGUCGUCGGCCUGGAGCCCCUGGCCCCGAACCCGUUUGACACGCCGGCGCUGUACUUUGCGCCGUGGUGCGCGUUCGAGUCGCGCCGGCGCAUUGCGGACUCCCGGUUCGAGCGCGUCCUGGAGCCGAGCGAGAGGCAGACCUUGGUGGCCGUGGCGGCGCAUCGGCAGGUUUCGGCGCGCUUUGACCUGGCGAUGAGGCACGCGCGGCUCUUUUACCGCCUCAUGCUGACGGCGGCGUCGGGGUAG